AUACCUGAAGUCCUAUCUAGCUUUUGGAUAUGUAGUAUAUGAUUGUUCAAUGGUUAGAUAAGUAACCUUAAAAACAAAAGCAGUUUCUAAGAAAAUUAAUCAGUGAUCGAAACAAAUGGCUCAAUUACCAUUGGAAUUAAUUAAACAUAAUAGAAGAGUUUGGAGUCUUUAUAGACGUGCUUUGCGUUCAAUACGAGAUUAUUAUCAUAGUAGGCAUGACAUUAGAUAUCAUUCAGUUUUAUUAAGAGCCCGUUUUGAUCAAAAUCGUGAUAUUAAAGAUGCCCGUGUCGCGAAACAACUGUUAUUAGACGGCGAAGAAGAAUUGUUUCAAAACCAACAUUGGCAGCCAAGAAAAUUUCCCGAAUCUCCAGGUGGUGUGGCUUACCAGCGUGAAGCUGAUAUACCAGAUUCUGUUCUUGACUAUUGGGAUCCCGCUGAAAAGGCUCUGUAUCCAAAAUACUUUGCAUUGAGAGAAGAACUUAAAAAGGAGUAUGCAAAACUCUAUUACAAGCUGUAUCCUGAUACUCUCAAGACCGAAGAAAAAAAGAAAUAAAUAUUUCCAAUAACGUACUGGUACAGAUGUAAUACAUACUUAGACGUGAUAAUUAUAUAGAUAUGUGUUAAAUAAAAGAUAAUUAUUAAGUUA